AUGCCUUACACACCGCCCUCCCACCGCUCGCCAGCAAGUUCAGCACCGUCCUCGCCCGACGUGAGCCGCCGCUCGUCAUUCCAGUCCAGCCCGAGACCAUCACUACCAAGGUCAGCAUCGUACCUCACAAAGCACAGGAGGACACCAUCCGCCGCGACGGGGGCACCGAAUGGCACCCCCAACCAGCCCACUCCUCCAGGCACGUCGGACGAUCUUAAGGGUAUGGCAACGAGCAGCAGCGUGAGACAAUCACCGCCGCCACUGACGGAUGAGCGAGGUAUGCCUAAGGGAGCUAUCAUCUCCCCGCCGGACUCUGGCAGCGAAGAGGAGGAUGGUGCACAGCGAGGGAGACAGAUCGAAAACUUGAAGGAGCUUAAGGAUGCCAUCAGCCAGAUUCCGGUCCACCGUGAGGCAUCGCCCAGCCCGAAGCCCGAGCAACAAUCACAACAACCGACACUAGCACUCGUCACCAACGAUGGCAUCACACACAGCUUUAGCACCGGUGCUCUGGACGCCCUCGCCAAGACUGUCGGCCGCCGGGUGGGCCACUCCAGAUCGAGCACUGAGCCCAAGAUUGUCAUGAAGUCUGCAGAUGCAUCCCUGACCGGUUCUGAGGAGGAGUCCGAUGAGGAAGCACCCAGAAAGCCACAGAUGGUGCGGAAGAAGUCAGGCGAGCUUGUUCGCCCCGCACUUAGGCCGCCUUCCCGCCGCAGACCCUCCAGCAUGCCUGGCACUCCGACAUUCUCCAAGGCGGUCCACUUCGACUCCCACCUCGAACAUGUCCGCCACUUCCUCCAGGUCGACAGACCGCUUGCUGUCAGCGCCGGUUCUUCGCCUGUUGACGCCUACGACAGUGACACCGAGUACCCCUUCCCCGGCGAUGAGCAGCGCCCUGCCUCUCGAUCCCCCCCAUUCGAGUGGGAGAUCGUGGCGGCGAACCACCCUGCCGACACUCCCAUCAGAAAGUCACUGCCUGUCCGCCUUGAGAGGGUGUGGCUGUCCAGCGACCAGAAGAGCUUGCUGGGCUCCGUCUGCGUGGCCAACCUGGCAUUCCAGAAGUCUGUCACUUGCAGAUUCACCCUAGACUACUGGAAGACUACCUCGGAAGUUGGCGCCGAAUACUCCCACGAGAUCCGCCCUCAAGAGAGCGGUGUCUCUCACGACCGCUUCCAGUUCUCCAUCAAGCUGUCCGACCUGGCUAACCUCGAGAGCAAGACAUUGUUUUUCUGCAUUCGUUACAAUGUAAACGGCCAAGAGUUUUGGGACAGCAACAACGGCACCAACUUUCAGGUUGACUUCCGCAAGAAGUACCUGCCCCAGAACGGCAAGCGUGGGCUCCAGGGCGCCGCCAGCCGACCUGCGCUUCCCCGCAGCAACCGUCGUGCGAGCCCCUCGUCCAAUCCUCGCCCCAAGUCUAUGCCCGUCGGCUUCGACGACUUUGGCGAGCAGGGCAAGAUCCACUUUGACCAGCCCAUCCACGAGUACCUGGGCGAGUCAGGCCCCAAUGCUGGCCUUCGCCUCAAGAGCAACAAGUCCACUGGCAGCCUGGCUAGCGAUAACCUCUCGAGCCGUCUGUCAGCGCCCAGCGGACAAGCUUUUGCCAACCGCUACGACUUUGGUGCCUCUCUCUCUGCUGCGGUCCAGGCUGCAAAGGACAACAUUGGCAAGGAUCGCAAUGCCGAUGGUCUCUAUAUGAAGAGCCAUCGCAAGAUCCAGGUCCCCGCCCAGCAACCCCAACAGCACAGGCCAACCCCGAACCCGACCGCCACCUCCACCGCCCCUGCUGUCAAGCCCGUCUUGCCGACCGCUUCUGGCCACGACUCCCCCAACGCCAUGAUCGCUUCGUCCUCGUACGAGGAAUUGGUCAACAAAUACUGCUUUUUCGGCUCCAAGCAGUCCAGCCCCCAGAUCACUGACGGCACCCUUAAGAGCGGGAAGUUUGACGGAGCUGACGAUGGUUUCGUUACCCGAGGAUCCAACAGCACCAGCUCGAGCUCGAACGGCAGCCCCAGCAUGGCCCACCAUGCUCAGCAUGCCGGCCCCGCCCAGCACCACGCAUUCCACCUUCGGGAUCCCAACCCUUAUUUUCAGCAACUGGGACCCUAUGGCUCAUCUCCGGCCGCCUCCCCACUCAGCCAACCCCAUCUAGAACGAACUGCGAACCAGCGUCCGAGUCAGGCUUCCGCCCCAGCAACUAUGAGGUCGGCCUCUCCGGUCGCCUCAGUGGGUGGCUUUCCUUUCGCCGGUACGUCGCCGAAUGAUUAUCCGUACGCCCAGCAGCUGCAGGAGCGCUUUCCGUUCAACACCGAGACUCAUGCCGCGACAGCAAUUAGGGGUUAA